AUUGGCGACGCUAAAACCAGUUGUAUAACAGAAAAUUCAAAUCUUACCUCAGACUGCUUCGGACUUCACUGGAUUUCACGACAGUUCAUGUGUUCACAAGCAUUUGCAAGAGUUUACAAGCGCUCACGACGACCAAUGACUCACAAGUCGUCGUAAAUUCCAGCGGGAAAGAUUUUGGAACUUCUUUCGAUUUUACGUGUUGGCUGAUAAAAGUAAUCAUGCAUCAGAGUUCGGCCAAACGUAGAUCGUCCAGUAAUCCCGUAAGGAUAUCCGCUAUCGAACGGGAAUCCAGCUUAACUCGGAACGAUCAACGAAGAGCACAAACCGGACUGAAACCAAAGGGAAUCUCGAUCGGUGAAACCUCUCACAUUCCCAGGCCUCGUUUUAGAAGCUCGUCCAGUGACAGAGCGGGAUCACUCGGCAGAAAGUCGUACUUGAAAGUGCCAGGUAAAACUCCAAUAUGUCAACCAACAACCCCAAUUACUCCACUGAGACUUUCCACCAAGCUUCAACCAAGCAUAGUACUUACAGCAAGUACGAGCAGACUUAAGGCCCCACUACCAAUGGGUCGAUCACCAUCUGGCGAUCGUAGCAUCGUGGUCUCAAGUAAAGGUCCUAGAAAGGACACAAGGCCCUUAACAGAUAAGACUUAUCAGAUGACCCUAUUGAAUAAAAUAGAUAGCUUCUUUUAUACAAAUCAAUGCUCAUCGAUACUAAACAGCAAUGGCAGUUUAAAACCAAUUACAUUGAAAAUGUUCGUGGAUGUUUCUAACAUACUAUUGAAAUACCUUGAUAUCAAACAAGAUUUCACAAUGACAAAUUACAUAGACGAAUUACCGAAAUGCACGAAGAAGCUACAUUAUCCUGGCACGGUGACCAAAGCAUGGUUAAAAACUGCCAAUGCGAUGCAUUCGUGGCCCAAUGUUCUUGGUUGGAUUGGCUGGUUGGUAGAAGCGUGCCAAGUAAGAGAAAUCGCGUUUAACAAAUUCGAAUUGGCAAACUUGCCAUUCGUAGGAACGGAGCAGCAGGCUCAAAGUUCCAGGAUGGAAUUUCAAGCAUUGUUGGAAUGCUAUAGGGCUUGGAACGACGAAAAACUUGACGAAGAAGAAAAAUUAUUAAACCGAUAUUUGCAAGAUAUUUUGGUCCAACAGGGUAUUACUGAUGAUGAUAUAACUCAGGCACGUAAAAAAUUGGAAGAAGAAAAAAUGAAGUUACAAGUGCACGAGAAAGAGUCAAAAAAAUUGGAUGAAAAACUUGAAUAUCUGCAACAUAAAUUAACAUCUUUGCGUGCUAAGGAAUCUAAAGGAUUAGAUAAUAUUACAACUAUCGAGGUUUAUUUAAACCAACUUUCCAUCGAGAAGAAUCAAUUAAGUGCAGAGUACCAAGCUUUCAAGGAGCAAAUUCGAAUAGGAAAUAUACAAUAUGAAGAAUUAAUCUUUAUUGUGAAAAAUCAACCAAUGUCCAAGAUGGAAGAGAAAAACAUAAUUACAAAAUACACGGAAAUUCAAAACUAUGUUCAUCAAUUUAUCGAACAUUUAAAAGAUUAUCAAAAAGAAAUAUACACUUUAGAUAUACAAUUAGCAUCUUCUAGUAAUAAUCUCAAUAAAAAAAUAUUAGUGUAUAAUAAAGAGGUUUUUAUGCAUAUCGACAGUGAUGUUGGCGUUAAUUUCGAUGAAUUAAAGAUCCCGGAAAAAGGUUUGUUGAAUCUGCAGAUGAUGGAGAUAAUGGAAGACAAGUUCGCUUUAAUAAAGAAAUUCAACGAAACAUUGUUGGAGCAAUGCAAUGAGAUAAACUCUUUAAUUGAUUCUGAAAUCACAAAAUUGAAGAAACUGCAAGAAAAAAUUAAAUUGUUGCCGGAUGAAAACAAAUUUAAGCAGGAUAUGUCUCAUAUCAAUCAGAUGAAGGCAGAUGCGAAGAAGGAAAUAACCAAACUAAUAAAACAGAUUGAAGACCUAAAAAACGAAAUUAAAGAAAUGCAAGAUGCGAUACCAGAUUUAGAAGCCAUAGACCUCGAAAUAGAAGAGGCACAAGACAAAUUAAAUGCAGUUAUAAGAAGGAAGACAUUUUUAAAAGAAGCUGCCAAAAGAUUUUUCAAAAGAUUGUAUACAAUCAUCGGCGAACAUAGAAAUGAGCUUUAUGAUAUUUUAACAAAAGAUAGAACGAAAUAGAAUUACAUAUCUGUACAUAAAUAUUUUUAUAAUUGUAAAUUAUCUAUUAUCUCUUUUUUUUGUAUAAUCUAUUAUACACACCAUAUUGUGUAUUAUUGUGGUUUCAGUAAAAUAUUGUCGCAUCUUAUUAAAAUAUAACAUGUACAAAAAGUAUGUAUUUCAAAUAAAGAGUUUAUAAAUAUGUUUUCAUUGUAGAACUCUCAUGCGCAGGAUUUUCAUUACUUGUAUACAAAUAAAAUAGAUAUACGUUCUUAUUUCAUAUCUUUUUCUUUUUUCUUCUUUUUUUACAAAAUGAUGCAAAUUCUAGUAUGUAAAAUAUUUUUAUUCUAUUAGCUCUAUAUGUCAUGACAAUAUGCAACUUGCAUUUUCCUUUUUUUUUUCUCUCUUUUUUUUUAA